AUGUUUGGAAAAUUGUGUUGCUGUUUCUGGCCUGUGACAGGUGCGUCGCUUGUCGCGUUCUGCACAAAAGCUGCAGUUUGUGUUUUUGCGGGCUUCGACUUGAUUCUCGAAUUUGCGAGAAAGCUGCCGCUGAUGGGGUGCAGCAUUGCGCACGUGAUGUGUGUGUGUGUGUGUGUGUGUGUGUGUGUGUGUGUGUGUGUGUGUGUGUGUGUGUGUGUGUGUGUGUGUGUGUGUGGUGUGUGUGUGUGUGUGUGUGUGUGUGUGUGUGUAUGUGUGUGUGUGUGUGUGUGUGUGUGUGUGUGUGUGUGUGUGUGUGUGUGUGUGUGCUGCCUAAGUUGUGACAGUGCAGGUGGGCGACGGCGCAGGCAGCCAUGA